AUGACGGAGGAGAUUGCAGCAUUGGAGGAGCGCUCAUAUUUGGCGCGCAAGCUCCCCUUGAUAAAGCUAUCCGCCUACCAGGCGAAGUUCCUCUGCGAAGGCAUUGGUACAUUUCUCUUUGUGAUGACUAUAUCCCUUGCAGAGGUGAACUGCGGCAUCUCUGCCAUCAAUGGUAAGAACCGCACACGCAACCUCGCCCCGAUUGCGGAAGGAUUCAUGCUGUGCGUGCUAGUGUUCACCUUUGGCUACAUUUCCGGUGGGCACUUUAAUCCCGCAGUGACAUUCUCAGUCAUGCUCAUCCGGGCAAUGCGCGUGGAGGAGGCGGUGGCUUACUGGAUCGCGCAGGUGGUUGGCGGCAUCCUCGGCGCCAUCUUUGGCAUUAUUAUCAACGGCUUUCCGCGUCACUUGCCCGCGCCGCAGGUCUACAAGAACAUGCCAAAAUAUGUAUUCACAGGGUUCCUCGCAGAGGCUCUGUUUACAGGCUUCCUGGUGACUGUCGUUCUCCAUGUCGCGUACUCUCGGCAGCGCAACAAUCAUUACUACGGCCUUGCCAUAGGCAUGUGUCUCCUGGCUGCCGGUUACUCUGUCGGUGGUGUGUCAGGCGGCGCCUUUAACCCCGCUGUCGCAACGGGUCUGCAGCUAACGAAGUGCAUCACCGCUGGCUACUGCAUUCCGCUGAUGCACUUGUGGCUCUAUUGGUCGGCCCCUGCUGCAGGCGCGGUUGGAGCGUCGCUUCUGUUCAAGAUGACCCACCCCGCACCAAAAGAGACAGAUGAGGAGAAACGGCAAAAGGAUCUACAACGCUCAGCUCGGCACCUUUACGGCUCUUAA